AUGCGCUUCAGCGUCACGGACGUCGCGCCGACUGCGCGCUCGAACGCCGUCCGUGCGUGCUACGACGGCCGCGAGACCCUCCCGCUGUCUCUAGACUCCUCCGUGAGACGCAGAAGCUUGCGUCCACCCGAUUGUUUCGACAGUAGCGCGACGUUGGACGACGAAAACGACGACGACGAGACCGUCGGUGCCAAGCAGACAGCGACGGGUCUGUUUCAAGACGUGUGCACGGCGUCUAUGGGGCUCGAGACCGUUCAACGGACAUCAGCGUCCAGACAGGAGCUUGUCAAGCAGCUGGAGCGCGCGUGUGAGCGUCGAGCGGCCCAGGCGGUCGCUGGGAGUGACGCGUACCAGACGCUGUGCCAGACGCUGCAACAGGCGCGACAGGACGCCGACGUGGCGCUGGAACGACUUUUGAUUGGCCAAAGUAAGAGCGAAGAGCAGGAUCUUGAUGUGCUGAGGCAGGAGCUGCACCGGUUGCAGGAGAGCCGAGCGAGGGUCACGUUGCAGCAGAUGUGGAUGCGUGAAAAGUCGGCUAUCGAGAGUGUGGAGCACAAGUUGCAUGCGUACCAACAGGCGCAACGAGCGGAAGCGAUACAGCGAGAAAAAGAGCGGAAGGAGCGAGAAGAAGCAGACGAGCAGUGGAGACAAGAGGAGCUCCAAAAGGCCAAGGAGGAGGAGGAGGCACAGCAGCAAAAGGAGCGAGAAUUGCAAGAACAGCACGCAAAAGCCAAGCUUCAGGCAGCUGAACGUGCAGCGGCACAAAAGAGACAAGAGAUUGAGCGCAAAAACGAUGAAGCUGCAAAAAAAGCUGCGGAUAAAGAAGUGGCCGCACGGAUGGCAGAACAUGUAGAGCAAGGUCGCGAGCGCAUGAAGCGUUUGGAAGAUCUGCGCCGCCACACCGCGGAGGUGCUGGAUAGUCCUGAUCCGUCGGUGAAAAAGAUCCGUAUGCAGAUCAGACGCGAGGCCGGGGUGUGUAAUCAGAUUGCAGCCGCGCCUUCCGCGAUCAAGAAUGUUGUGAGUAAAAUCCAGCAGCUUCUGCAGAUGGCAAAGACCUCCGGCGAUGCGUACUUCAAAUUCGCGCUCGACAUGGUCGCGUCGAACCUCUCCAGACAAGUGGAAAGUCGUGCAGACUACAAAUCCUGCUACCCCGUAGCGCACGUGAUCAAAAUGAGCUGUGUGCAAACUCCAGAGCUGACGGACGUCGUACUGGGAUACUUCCACAAGACGUGCGUCUUCACGAUUCCCGACAAUCCGGAGAAGCACGCGUCUCAGACGAUUGCAGACUACAAGAUGUCUGUGGGUUUCCACAAGGCAGUCGGUGAGAGCUCCGACCCGGAUGGUCUGGAGCACGUCACGGAGUACACGCGACGCAUGACGAUGGUCUGUGCUGUUCUAGCGGCUGUGCGCCAGACGACCCCUUGGGACGGCAGUCCGUCUCCGCCAGGUCUGGGUCUUGGAGACUGCUGGUCAUGGCUUGCUCGACUGUUGAACGAGCCGCCGCACCUCAUGACAGGAGCUCUGACGCUCACGAUCUUGGAAGUGGCCGGCUUUGAGCUGUUGCAGCAAUACAAGAAGCAGUUUCACAAACUGUUGGUGCUCAUCGCGCGUGACGUGUGCCCGCGGCUGAGCAAGAACGCAAAGACCGGUGCGGCGAACGCUGCGGGGCAACUAGAGAUGUUUGUCAAUCAGUAUCACGCCAACCGGUGCAGGUUGAACGAGCCAGACGGGCGAAAGCUCGAAGAGACGAAGAUCUCGGAAGCUGACGAAGAGAGAUCGGAUCGCAACGACAACGGCGGUGGCGGAGGUGGCUACCAUGGCAAUGGAGGUGGCUACCAUGGUGGUGGUCGUGGAGGUGGCGGUCGAGGUGGCGGCCGUGGUCGAGGAAGUGGCCGGAGACGCUGA